AUGUGCUCUUCUAACAUGGGUCAUCAAGCAGCGCGUGCACAAGAGGAAGGCACGACCGAGAUGGAAACUCGUCCCUCCUUCGCGCCCCAUCAAACUUCUCAGACUUCUCACCCAUCCAACUCUUCACCUCCCACCUCCCAUCCCACUAUGUCCUCUGGCAACGCCGAUUCAUCCCAGGCCAAUCCUCGAUCUGGCCGUGACGCCCAAAGCUCUGAGUCCAGCAGCUCCUCAAAAGCUGCAACGUCUGUGUGCAGUCCAAAAGCAAUUUCACCAAAAACAUCCACGCCUCAAUCUCACGCUUCAUCUCUUCUAUCCUCCAAACCCGAGAUUCUUGACCUUGGGGUCGAUCCCACAACCCUCCUAACCGCCCAUAUCCUCGACCGACCCUCUCUCGACCAGCUUUGGGAUCGUCUCGACGUACUCAAAGACGAGCUCCUGUCAGAGGACCCUCCCAGCUCGCAAUACCUUCUGGUGCGACGGAUCCCCGCCGAUCUUUUUUCGGCGCUUAUUGAACACGGUGAAGUUCCAAAAGGGGUGCGCGCAACGAUUCUCCACCACAAGCACGAGAUCUUAUAUAAGAUCAUGGUGUACCACUACCAUGAGAAAAUCACCCGUCAGUUUGAUACCUGGAUUAACAAUGCUCUUGGUAAUAUGGGGUUGAGCUUCCUCAACUAUGAUUUUUGGCUUGGAGGGGCUGGACGGUCGGAUGGUCGGAUGGUCGCGUGUGCAGCAAGGAGGCAGACACAGCGUUUUUCCCUGGAAGGGAACCGGCCGCCGGGGCACCCAUACCAUGGCCCUCUCUUGUGCUAG